AUGCGAAAGCCAAGGAGAGCGAAAGCCAAGGAAAGCCAGAGACUCAGGAAGCAAAGGAAGCCAGAAGAGAAGCAGCCGAGGCGGCGCGAAGGGUGGAAAUGCGGGAGAGAAAGAGAGAGGAGAGACGCAGCAAGAGAUGACGGGAGAAAGACGCAGAGGUCGGGAGAGGUCGGAAGGCAGACGAAGCAAAACUCGACGUUGAGAGGAGUCCUUGUGGCAGGGAAGCAACGUGGAGGAGCCUGA